GUGGACAAGAUGUGACUGCCAUCAAUUGUUUCUGUGAUGGUGGGAUUAGGCAAUGAUAUGUGAGCGGGCAGCGCCUUGGUGGUGGUAGAUGCUGCCUGACCUGUUGAAUACUUUUCACUUAUAGGGUAGUGCAUCAGUUGUAAAUGAUCGUUGAUGAGUUUGGAGCGGGACAUCAGGUGUAUAGUUAAGGAUGAACACGGAGGAACUGGAGCUAUUGGGCGACUCUAAAUACAGAAACUAUGUAGCAGCAGUGGAUAAAGCAUUGAAAAGCUUUGAGUAUUCCAGUGAAUGGGCAGAUCUAAUAUCUUCUCUGGGUAAACUUAACAAGGUUUUACAGAACAACGCCAAGUACCAAGUGGUGCCAAAGAAGCUAACAAUUGGCAAGCGCCUGGCCCAGUGUCUUCACCCAGCACUGCCCAGUGGUGUGCACAGAAAAGCUCUGGAAACCUACGAGAUUAUUUUUAAGAUCAUUGGCUCCAAAAGGCUGGCCAAAGAUCUUUUCUUGUACAGUUCUGGUCUUUUCCCUCUUCUUGGCAAUGCGGCUAUGUCUGUCAAACCUGUGCUUCUGAGCUUGUACGAAGUCUACUUCCUGCCUCUGGGCAAAACUCUGAAGCCAGGGCUUCAGGGCCUGCUGACUGGGACAUUACCGGGCCUGGAAGAAGGCUCUGAGUACUACGACAGGGCAAACACAUUAUUGGAGAAGGUUGCAGCUGCGGUGGAGCAGUCUGCGUUUUACGGUGCUCUUUGGGGGAGUGUUUUGACCAGUCCUGCUGUGCGGUUACCUGGAAUCACCUUUGUACUUUCUCAUCUGAACCGGAAACUUUCCAUGGAGGACCAACUGUAUAUCAUUGGUAGCGACAUUGAGUUGAUGGUUGAAGCAGUAAGUGCUUCAGUCCAGGACUCCAGUGUAUUGGUGCAGCGGAGUACCUUGGAUCUCAUUCUGUUCUGUUUCCCUUUCCAUCUGUAUCAGGUCACACGCCCUGAUAUGGUCCAGAUAUUAUCUGCAGCUUUACAUGUGGUACUUCGGAGAGAUAUGUCCCUCAAUCGCAGACUGUAUGCAUGGCUUCUUGGAUUCGAUAACAAUGGUGUUAUUAUAGGCCCCAGAAGUACCAGGCACAGCAAUCCAGAAGAACAUGCAAUCUACUAUUUCAAUACCUUUUCUAAAGAUCUACUCAUUCAGGCCAUGGUAGGAAUCUUGCAAGGGAAAGGAUGUGGAGAGGAAGAACGGACACCUUUGCAUGAUCUGAAACCUUUUCGCAUACUCAUCAGUCUCCUGGAUAAACCAGAACUAGGGCCAGCAAUCCUGGAAGAUGUACUUAUCGAGGUUUUCAGAACAUUACAUUCACAAUGCAAAGCGGAACUGAACCUGAAGACACAACCUUCCUACAGCAAAGACCAGACUCAGUUAAGCAGCAAAAUGAGAGAGAAUAAGAAAACUUCAGAACUAAUUAAAACAGCUAAUCUUCUGUUUAAUUCAUUUGAACCAUACUAUAUGUGGGACUAUAUAGCUCGUUGGUUUGAAGAAUGUUGUAGGAGAACACUGAAUGCACGGUUGCAGGCUUCCUCUCAGGGAAAGGAAAUGUCGGAGUACUCUCUGGGUGAAUUCUGCCUCUUGGUAGACUUCCUCUUGGACAUAGUAUCACUGCCUACUCGAAGUAUGAGAGUACUAUGUCAGGAGACGUACAUUGAGAUUCAAACAGAACACUUGCCCCAGCUGUUGGUGCGGAUGGUCUCAGCUCUGACCAGCCACCUGCAGGCAUUAUGCCUCUCGGAACUCACUGACUGCCUGAAGCUGUGCUCAAAGAUACUGAGCAAAGUACAGCCACCCUUGCUGUCACCUGGGGCAGAGUGUAGACUCUAUUUCCCAGGACACUCCAGCUUUACGCAAAAGAAGGAAGAGAAAAAGGUUUCAUCAGCCAGCCUUGGAGCACCUGGUGAUGUGUUUGAAGAUGGAGAAAACCCUCCCAGUAGCCAGUCAUCUGAGAGUGGAUUCACUGAGUUUGUGCAAUACCAAGCAGACAAAACAGAUGAUAUUGACAAAGUACUGGUUGAAGGCUCAGUGCCACAGGGCAGCACUUCUUCAGAAACUGAGACUGCUUCCACUGUUGGGUCUGGGGAUACUGUGGUGACAUCGUCGACAUCACAGGAGGAUAAACCAGCCAUGCCUGUGGGAACCUCUACUCAGAAGACAACAAUGCAGUACUGUCUAGAGUACUUUGAGCAGUUUUUGACCCAGCUUAUUACUCUGUACAUUAUUCCCAGUGAAGUUGUUUGCCAGGCAUUUGCAACAGAAUUCCACAUGGACCUAUGUGGAGACAGAAGCCAAAACAAUGCCCAGAACUUUGCCGGCAAGAGUGAUGGAGCUUUUCCAGCAACAGAGCCUCAUCAACAGGCUAAGGAGUAUCAUCAGUCCUUCUCUGCUGCGUGCCAACUUUUCUUUGAGUUCUCCAGCUUUCCUGUUUACAUUUCAGAAGGAAAUUUGUCAUCUUUAUCUCAUAACAAUAAAUCAGAAGCUGAUUGUGCACAGGUAAAGCCCCCGGUCUGGCUCCAAACCCUCAUGACUGCCUGCUGUUUUGCCAGUGACUUCAGCAUUCAGAGUGUUGCCAUUUCACUGGUGCUUGACUUAGUUGGCCUAGCUCAAUCGGUUGCUGUUGUCAGUGGUGAAAACUUAAACAGCCUCGAGCCAGCACAGCCUCGGAGUCCAAACCAGGGCACAGUGGCUGUGGUAAUCAUGCCGCCACUAACACUAGGAAACCUCAAGUUCAUGGUUCAGAAGACUGAGUUUUUCAAGCAAGCGGCAGUGGCACUUUGGAACCAGCUUGGGGAGAAAACACCUCAGUGUUAUCAGAGGAGCGUGGAGCUGUUUUAUCAGCUGCAUAAUCUUGUUCCAUCUUCCAGCGUAUGCGAAGAUGUCAUAAGUCAGCAACUGCUGCAUAAAGAUAAGAAAAUACGGAUGGAAGCUCACUUAAAAUUUUCAGUGCUCUGGCACAUUACUCGGGACCUACUCAUCAACAAAUCUUCUUCCUGUAAACGCACUUUUGACAGAUCACUAUUUAUCAUGCUUGAUAGCCUGAGCAGUACAGAUGGCUCUAUUUGUUCAGUAGCCCAGGCCUGGCUGAAUCAAGUUAUCCAGAGACAUGACGUUGCGAGAAUCCUUGAGCCACUACUUCUGCUGCUCCUUCAUCCCAAAACCCAGCGCAUCUCCGUGCAGCGAAUGCAAAUAGAGCGACAUGUAAAUAAAUCCAAGAGUCUUCCUAUUGAAGAAGAAGGAGAUCAUUUCUUGGGACCAAUUAACUCUGUUGAUGUUUUUGGACACCUGUCAUUUGACCCUCGAAAACAUCCACCUUCGAAAGGACCGGUGAGCAAACAUUUAGUUGUGGAAGAGAUGGAAAACUUCAGCUUUACAGUGAACCCUUUAAGUGACAGGCUGUCCAUGUUGAGCACAAGCAGCGAGACCUUACCAUUUGGAGUGUCAGACUUCGAUAUGCAGGAACAGCAGGCAGAAAUGCUCCACAGUUCAGAAUCUGGCUGUUCCCAGUCCUCAGCAGGAGACAACAGCAGUUAUGAGGCAGAGCUGCUGACUGUGAGCAGCUCAAAGACCAAUCAGAGUUCACAGAUUUGGUCAGAAGAUUCGGUGGAUGGUAUCGUACAGCAGGUGGUUUCAGAUUUGAUCAGCGCUGUUGUAAAUGGAAUGAAAGAUAAGUCUGACUCCCUUGAAUAUCAGGUUCCAACUUGCACUGAGACCAGCACAGUGGGAUCAAGCGUUAACACCCAGCUGGCAGAGUGUUCUGUCCUAAGUGAAAGUAGAAGUGUGCUUGCUCAAGGUCUCCUGAAUGAGGUAGCUAAAAGCGCCAGUCCUGAAAAUUUGUCAGCCUCAACAGAUGGUGGCAUUGGGUCCAUGACCGAAAGUCUAAGUCGGCCCAGAUCGUCACCUUCUCUGGCAAUGUCGGAGAACCCUUCUGCUAACUACAGCCUCUCUCCAGAGGAGGUGCAGUCUCUGAAAAGAAGCCCAACUGGUGAGCACUUAGGACAACAUAGGAAAGCAACGCAGAAGCUGUCUGCAAUAGAGCUUGGGUUUAAAGAUUUCCCUAAACCACCUGGUGCAAAGCCCAAGAUAAAAGUUAGCAGAAAAAAGGAAGAUGAUAAGAAGAAAGCUCAGAAUGAAAAAAACAAGCCUCUCAAUGUUUUCUUUGGAGACAGCUUGGAUCUAGAGAACUGGUAUAGCUGUGGUGAAGGUGAGGUUUCUGAAAUUGAGAGUGAUGUGGGAUCACCAGGAAUUUGGAAAACAUCAAAAUUUCAUAUUCAUCCUUUAUACCAGCAUGUUUUACUCUAUCUUCAAGUGUGUGAUUCAACAAGGGCUUUGCACGCACUGUCUGCCAUUGAAGCUAUCUUGAAAGCAAAUCCCGCAGGAUUUGUCAAUGCAAUCUCUACCACCAGUGUAAAUAACACAUACACUCCCCAGCUCUCCCUACUGCAGAACCUCAUGGCCAGGCACAGGAUCUCAGUGAUGGGAAGGGACUUCUACAGUCACAUUCCACUUGACUCCAGUCAUGCUUUCCGUAGCUCCAUGUACAUAGAGAUCAUCAUCUCUCUCUGUUUGUACUUCCUGAGGAGCUACUAUCCAACCCACGUGAAAGUGACACAACAAGACCUUUCUGGAAACCGAAACUUGCAAAUUGUAAGCAUCCAAAUCCUAACUUUGCUCUUCAUGGAACUGGCAAAGGUGACGGAAAAUUCAGCCAAAGGCUUUGCUAGCUUUAUCUCUGAUAUGUUACUGAAGUGUAAGGUUCAGAAAGUGGUCCUCCACUGCUUGCUUUCAUCUAUCUUCAGUGCACAGAAAUGGCACCAUCUGAGAACAGUUGGAAAGAACGUCACAGCCAUUGAAGAGGGUUUGUCUGAGGACAGUAUCAUCAACUUCUCAGAGGAUGAAAUUGACAAUUGUAGUACGUUACAGACCCAGUUAUUAAAACUGGUGCAGCGAUUAAUUGUUCUGGAGCACCGAGUAAUGGUUGCAUCUGAGGACAGUGAGACUGGCUAUGAAUUUGUCAGCUCUGAUCUAGAAAAUAGUAAUCCGCAACAGCCACUGAUAUCCUUACAGUACUUGCACUCACAACCAAUUACUUCUCAGGGAAUGUUCAUCUCCGCUGUGAUUAAGGCAUUGAAUCAACCCUUUUCCUGUAAAAUGGAUGCUCAGUGGAUUGGAUUAAUCACAUCAGUUCUUCCAUAUAUGGGGAAAGUACUGCAGAGGGUGGUGACAGCUGUCACGUUACAACUUUGCCGAAAUCUGGACAACCUAAUCCACCAAUAUAAGUAUGAGUCUGGAAUGUCAGAUAUCAGACCCACAUGGAUGGCAGUGAGCAUCGCGCCUGACAUGAUUCUCACUCUCCUUGAAGGCAUGACCACAAUUAUUCACUACUGCCUGUUGGACCCUUCCAUACAGUACCACCAGUUCUUGGUUACAGUGGACCAGAAGUACCUGAGUGAAGCACGAAGUGGAAUACUUUCUAUCUUGCAUACUAUCAUGUCAUCCGUGAGUCUGCUGUGGGGGAUCCUGCAAGUUGCGGACUCAGCAGAGAGAACCACAGUCGCCUGUGCUGUUACUAUCAAUCUGGGCUCAACAAAGAGUCUCCGACAACAGAUUUUAGAGCUCCUGGGUCCUAUUGCUAUGAACCAUGGUGUGCACUUCAUGGCUGCUAUUGCAUUAGUUUGGAAUGAGAGAAGGGAGAACUCAAGUGCCAGCAGAAACAAGGUUAUUCCUGUACCCUGUUGUGAACAGUUAUUGUUGGUGGAACUAGUGCGUUCAAUUAGUAUCAUGAGAGCCGAGACAGUUAUCCAGACUGUGAAGGAAGUUUUAAAACAGCCUCCUGCCUCAACCAAGGAGAAGAAACAGCUCUCACUGGAAGUCUGCAUGCUGCAGUUUUUCUAUGCAUAUGUACAAAGGAUUCCAGUACAGACUCUAGUUGAUAGUUGGCCGUCACUUUUGACACUGCUGAAGGAUUCCAUUCAACUCUAUCUACCCCCACCUGGACAAUUUCUCAUCCUUGGAGUGCUCAAUGAGUUCAUCAUGAAAAAUCCCAACCUGGAAAGCAAAAAGGACCAAAGAGAUCUCCAGGAUGUAACCCAUAAGAUAGUGGAGGCCAUUGGGACCAUUGCGGGCUCCUCCCUGGAACAAACCACUUGGCUCAGGAGGAACCUAGAAGUGAAAGCCUCUCCACAAAUCCUGGUAGAAGGAAGCAACCUGGAAAGAGAUGUUGAAGAUAUCAUGUUGACCCCAGUGAAGGAAAUAUCCAAUAUAGCACCUUCUGUCUACAGUGUGCAUGCAUUGACCUUAUUAGCUGAGGUUUUGGCUCACCUUUUGGAUAUGGUUUUUCACAGUGAUGAAAAGGAAAAAGUAAUUCCAUUACUUGUUAACAUUAUGUACUAUGUGGUGCCCUACCUUCGCAAUCACAGUGCCCACAAUGCCCCAAGUUACCGAGCCUGUGUACAGCUUGUCAGCAGCCUCAGUGGCUAUCAGUAUACCAGGCGGGCUUGGAAAAAAGAAGCAUUUGAUCUUCUUAUGGACCCCAACUUCUUCCAGAUGGAUGCGUCCUGUGUUAGUCAUUGGAGAGCAAUUAUAGAUCACCUGAUGACUCAUGACAAAACCACAUUCAGAGAUCUCAUGACUCGAGUGGCAGUGGCACAGAGCAGCUCCCUCAACCUGUUUGCGAGUCGCGAGGCAGAGCUGGAGCAGCGGGCGAUGCUGCUGAGGAGACUUGCCUUUGCCAUCUUCAGCAGUGAAGUGGACCAGUACCAGAAGUACCUGCCAGACAUACAAGAACGGCUGGUGGAAAGUCUGCGUCUGCCGCAAGUCCCCACACUCCAUGCCCAAGUUUUCCUCUUCUUCCGCGUCUUGUUAUUACGGAUCUCGGCACGCCACCUCACUUCCCUGUGGCCCACUAUGAUCACAGAACUGGUCCAAGUAUUUCUGCUGAUUGAACAGGAGCUGACAGCAGAUGAAGACAUUUCAAGGACUGCAGGUCCAUCUGUAUCUGGUUUGGAAACCACCUACAUGGGCGGCAAUGGUUUCUCAACUUCCUACAACAAUCAGCGCUGGCUUGCUCUCUACCUCUCUGCGUGCAAAUUCUUGGAUUUGGCACUGACCUUACCUUCUGAAAGCCUUCCCCAGUUUCAGAUGUAUCGUUGGGCUUUCAUUCCGGAAGUAUCUGACGAUUCUGGGCUAGAGGUCCGCAGACAAGGAACUCACCAACGAGAAUUCAAACCAUAUGUGGUGAGGUUGGCCAAACUGCUGAGGAAAAGAGCGAAGAAGAAUCCAGAGGAUGACAAUUUGGGAAGGAGUCUACCCUGGGCACCAGGCCAUCUGCUGCUGACUGUUUACUCCAUUCGCAGCAUUGAGCAGCUGCUUCCUUUCUUCAAUGUGCUCAGCCACUUCUUCUCCAACAAAAUCACAGGCAGACCUACUGGCUGCUCAGAGAGCCCAGUCCCAUACUCCAAUUCAUUUUCACACAAAGACGUUAAAACUGAGAGCCAGAAAACAUUCUGGAACAAAGCUAGACAAAACAUUGAGGAAGUACUAGAGAAAGAUUUUUUGGAAGGCAUCAUAAAGGCCUGACUGUGCUCCACUGGAUUGAGGGAAUCGUUCAAAAAGAAAAUCCUCACCCACGUGUAUAUUUUAAUUUGUAUUUAAAUAAGGAACUAGAAUGUAAUUAAAUUUUAUUUGUACAGCUGAGCUCUGAAUGCUGAAUUGGGUUAUCGUAUAAUUGGCUCCUAUUGAUCAUGGAGUCUACAAUGUAAAUUACUGUACUAUUCCAUUUGGUUCUAAAUAAAUGCACUGUCCAUU